AUGGUCGCAGCCGUGGCAGGCAGCCGUGCAUCCGGCAGCUUUGCCCGCCAGCUGCGGCUGGCCGCCACAGCGCUGGCCCUGUGCACCAUGGUGGUGGCAUGGGUGCUGAUGGGUGAGCGGCCAGCCUCUGCAGACACACGCGCCUUUGACGAAGGCAGCCCAAAGGUCAAGGUCGGCUGGAUCGGGCAUGUUUUCGACGCAAAACCAUCCACCAUCGGCCUGACUCUAAGCGAGGCCAAGCCGAUUGCCACCGACAACUCGGGCAACCUGGUGUGGGCAUAUGGUGCCCGAUGCCUUCUGGAUCCCAACACAACAGAGCCCGUUGCACUUGUGCCUCCCUACACGGAGCACAUUGACGCAUUCCUGCUGCCCCAAGCCAACCUGCUGAUGAACAUCAGCAACUAUGACAUGGUCAGGGGCUACACCAGCUUUGUGCUGAAGGUGUCUCGCGCCGUGAAGGCUCCAAUUGCGGUUAUCGGCAUCGGCAGCCAAGUGCGGUUUGAUGACGCACCCUUGUUAGAAGAGGGAGCCGACAUGAGCGCCGCUGCUGCUAGCGCCGUCCAGCUGCACCCACAGCAGGUGGCCUUCCUGAAGCAGGUUGAGGCAUCUGGCGGCAUCAUCACCACGCGCGGCAAGUUCACGGCAGCGAUCAUCGAGGGCAACGGCCUGCCGCCGCCACUACCGCUGGGCUGCCCCAGCGUUUUCAUCAACCACAACCCGCGGCUGGGGGCGGUGCUGCAGCGGAAGUGGGACGCGGUCCUCCGGCGGCGAGACCCCAACCUGCGCCUGGCUGUGACGCUGCCUGCCAUCCCUGGCGACCAACCCUACCCGCUGGGCCUGGUCAGCCUGCUGGCGCGGCGCGUGCUGGAGGCCUACCCCAACAGCGUGGUGGUGCUGCAGACCUCGCGCGACGAGGACACCUUGGACGCCAUGCACUCGCAUUUUGGCCUGUACCUGCGCCCCAGCCGGAUACGCUACUUCUACGACGUGGAGUCGUGGAUUGCCGGCCUCAAGUCCUGCUGCGACCUCGUCUGGGGCUUCCGCAUCCACGGCACCAUGGCGGGCGUGGCGGCUGAGGUGCCCGGCAUCGUCAUCGCCCGCGACUUCCGCAUCAGGGAGCUGGCGGAGGCCAUGGCCCUGCCCACCGUCGACAUGUUUGACCCGGCCACCAUGGAGACUUCGGCGGGCCGGCUCGACCCCGACACCUUUGACUUGUUUGACUUUCUUGCGGCGGUGAAGGGCUUUGACGGGCAGCGGUUUGAUGCCCGGCGGCGAAAGGCGGCCAAGGUGUAUAGCGCCGAGUUUCAGCGCAUGAAACUGCCGCUGCACCCGGGUGUGGAAGCCAUUGCAGAACUGCCCGACACAUGA